AUGGCAGGGCUCCCUGCUGUUGCUGUGGAUCGGUUCAUCCGAGCGAACCCACGGAGGAAGAUCGCAAUCGGGAGGAAGAAUCACGAAAGGCCACGCGGCGCCGAAGACGAGGUACUGUACAGAGCACAGCUCCUGGGCUGUAUUUUUCUCAUUGUUUUGCAGCCAGAAGUACCUCAGUUAUGCUGGCUUACUGUAAAAAUUAUAAGCAUAAGAAAUCUCCACAAAGCCGAUUUGUUGAGCCAAACUGAUUGCUACAUCAAGCUGUGGCUGCCAACAGCUUCCUGUCGGGAAGCCCGGACAAGAACCGUACGCAACAGCAGAAACCCUGUCUGGAAUGAAGCUUUCCACUUCAUGAUACAAAGAGAAGUAAAGAACAUCCUGGAGCUGACAGUCUGCGAUGAGGAUACUUUUACACCAGAUGACCAGCUUUUGACUGUUCGCUUUGAUGUAGCUAAAAUCCAACCUGGAAAAAAAGUUCACGUGAUUUUUGAAUUGAAUCCAGAGAAUCAAGAAGAACUAGAAGUGGAAUUUCUGCUGGAAAACAUUCCAGGUGUAUCUGAGAACAUCAUUACUAAUGGCGUACUAGUGUCUCGUGAAGUUUCCUGUUUGGAAGUAAAUGUGAAUGAAGCAAAAAUGCAGAGCCCUUACACAAGGAGAGAUUUCACGUUCACAAUGAAAGGAUCCUAUGAAGGAGCCCGGGAUGUUUCCAUAGGCCCUCACUGCAGACAGGGAAGCAGUGAAACUGCUGUGUUCCACUACGUCAAGCACAGUCAACCCAGACUGUACAUCACACCACCCAAGGAGCGUUUCUUCUGUCAUUGUGGCUCAGCUAGGAGGGAAAUGGAUGUAAGUAGUCCACUGGCUGUGCCUCUCCAUUCUCUGGACUUGGGGAAGAAAGUGACAGUGAUGAGAGGUGAAUCUUAUGAGGUGUCUGUGAAGGAGGAAGAUGGUUGCAAGAAUUUAGAUUUGCGUUUGGGGUUUGAUCUAUGCGCAGAGGAGCAGGAUUUCAUCUGUAAAAGGAAGAAGGUAGUUGCUGCUGCUCUGAAAAAUCUUCUUCAUCUAGAUGAAGACCUGCAGGAGGAUGAGGUGCCAGUGGUGGCAGUCAUGACCACAGCAGGGGGAGUGCGGUCCAUGUCGGCUAUGUUUGGCAGUCUGCUGGGUCUCCAGGAGUCUGGUGUUUUGGACUGUGUCUCGUACAUCAGUGGUUUGUCUGCCACAACAUGGACCAUGGCAAAGUUAUAUGAAGAUACAAAUUGGUCACAGAAGGAUCUCAGAGAGCCAAUUGGUGAUAUCAGAAAGCAUGUCAUCAAGAGCAAGCUGCACUGUUUCUCAUUGGAUCAUAUGAAAUACUAUGAAAAGGAGCUUUGUGAAAGAAAGCAAGAGGGGCACAAGCUGUCCUUUACAGAUUUAUGGGGACUCUUCAUUGACUGUAUGCUACAUGAUCAGGAAAGUACUCACAAGCUCUCUGACCAGCAACUGGCAGUAAAUCAGGGGCAGAAUCCAUUGCCCAUAUACCUGUCCCUCAACGUCAAGAAUGACUUUAGCACUCUGGAUUUUAAAGAGUGGGUGGAGUUCACACCUUAUGAGGUGGGUUUCCUGAAAUAUGGAGCCUUUGUUCGUUCAGAGGAUUUUGGGAGUGAGUUCUUCAUGGGUCACCUGAUGAAGAAGAUUCCAGAGUCCCGCAUCUGCUUCUUGGAAGGCACAUGGAGUAAUAUAUUUUCCCAGAAUUUUAUGGAUGCUGUCUACCUCUCGGGUCAUUCCGAGGACUUUUGGCACAGAUGGACCCGAGGCACUGAGCGUAACAUUGAGGAACACCCUGCUCUGCCCAGGAAGCCUCAUGAACAGCCAACUUGCUUAUCCAUUCCCAAAGGUUACCUUUCCAGUACUCUUCGAGAAAUGAUGACCGGACGGCCAGUGGUUUCAACUUACCAUAAUUUCCUCAAGGGCUUGCAGCUACAUAACAAGUAUUUAGAGAAUGAGAGAUUUUGCAUGUGGAAAGACACAGUGCUGGAUUCUUCUCCCAACCAGAUGAAUGAAAUGGGUGAUUACCUGAAGCUGGUAGAUACAGCUUUCUUCAUCAACACCAGCUGCCCGCCCAUUCUGAGGCCAGAGAGGAAAGUGGAUGUCAUUCUGCAUUUAAAUUACAGCGGAGGAUCACAGACUCUGCCGCUGGACCUAUUCUCAGAGUACUGUUUGGAGCAUGGGAUCCCGUUCCCCGGCACAGACCUGAGCCAGGAAGACCGGGAACACCUGAAGGAGUGCUACGUGUUUAAGGACAACUUAGAGGCACCAAUCGUGGCCUAUUUCCCACUGGUGUGUGAUACCUUCCAAAAAUACAAGGCACCGAACGUGGAACGCAGUCCCACGGAGAUGGAACAAGGAAGAGUAGAUGUGUCCAACUGUGUUGCUCCCUAUGGCACUGGCCUGCUUACAUACACUGAGGAGAAUUUCAACAAGUUGCUGAACCUGUGCAGCUACAACAUCCUGAAUAAUAAACAUUUAAUUCUUCAGGCUUUGCGAACUGCAGUGGAACGAAAGAAGCGAGUUAAGAACUGUUCGUCACCUCAGUCGUGUAAACUCUCUUAA